AUGUCAAAGGAUAUUCAUGUAUUAUUUCAUGUGCCCGAAGGCUUAGAGUCAAUAGCAAGGAAAGACAUUGAAGCCUCACUUGCAGAUAUCCAGAACCCUGUAUACAGCUUUGAGCCCAAGACAGGCCGAGUUCAUUUGUUCUGUGCAGUUGACAGUAUCGACACAUUCAAACAAUAUAUCCAGAGUGUACAGAUUCUCAGUAUCUACAGUGCGACAUUAGUUGCAUCGGAAUCAGUGAUACCAGCUGACACAUUUCAAGAGUUACAACCUACAUAUGACUAUAUCAGCGAUCAAACAAAGCUAGCACCUUGGUAUAGCGUCAUUGCAGAAGAUCCUCAGGACGAAAACACAACAAUCUCAUUUAGAGCUACCUUCAAAAAGGAGCAGAUCAAACACAAAGCACCAAGCCAAGAAAUUGCUGGCUACAUUGGCUUUGCAUUCAGCAAUUUCUUCAAGCAUUGGAAGGUGAAAAUGACAAAUUUUACAUAUGAAAUCGUGUCGCUGUGGUUCCAAACAUCGGAUGCUGCUUACUUGAACCGUCUUUCUGCUGGUGUGAACGAUCAAUCGAUUAUUUUGUUACUGGGCGUUGAUAUCCCCUUGAAAGAUCAGCGACAGAGAAAUAGAGUUUUUGUGGGACGUACGAGCUUAAAUCCAUGCAUUGCUUAUUGUUUGGCUCUGGUAGCGGAUCCUAAGCCAGGUCAGGUCAUUUUGGACAUGUGUUGUGGUACUGGGACUAUCCCAAUUGAAGGUGCAUCCCAUUUCAAAGACGUUUUUUGGUUAGGUGGUGAAGUUAAAGUCAAGACAGUGGCAGAGAAAGCUCUGGGGAAUGUUCAGCAUUGUGAGCUUAAAAAUAUAGAUCUUAUGCUGGGUGAUGGUAGAAAACUUUGCUUCAGAGACGGUGUGAUCGAUUCUAUUGUUUCAGAUUGGCCAUGGGGAAUUAGAGAGAAUUCUUUUCAACAAAUCCAAGGGCUUUAUCCAAAAUUCGUCAAGCAAAUAUACAGAGUGCUGAAACCAGAUGGAAAAGCCUACAUAGUGACUCAGGGGCAUAAAUUGAUGAAAAGGGUCUUGGAUUAUCCCUGGUGCCAAAACCUGUGGACUGUAGAGGAGGUUUUGCCAAUAGGCAUUGGUGGUUUAGAUGCCUAUCUGUACACAUUAUCAAAGAAUGCACCUUCGUCUGCCUGA